CUCUUCCUGUUUGUAGUUUUCCUGUCUCCAAACUACAGAGCAGCAUCCUGUUGAUGCCAGAGAACAUGGCCUUAGCGGAAAAACGUCGCUUUUUGGUGACUCUGCGCUUCUCUUGUUAAAAUCCGCCCGUCGCUUGUGUCCGAACCGCGGCCGCCAUGUGCCAGGAGGGGGGCGAGGGGCAGCAGGAGGACUGCGGCUCCAGGGAGGAGUGGACGCUGUUAUUCUGGACCUCUCUGGCCGUCAUCAUCCCGGUCCUCCUGACGCUGUGGUGCAGCGCGCAGCGCUCCAAGAGGAAAACCUACAUCAAGGAGUUCUUCAGGAAGAGCAAACACGGCUGGCAUUACACCGACCUGUUCAAUAAGCCCACCUACUGCUGCGUCUGCUCCCAGCACAUCCUGCACGGAGCUUACUGCGACUGCUGCGGCGUGUGCGCGGAUGAGGAAUGUUUGCAUCGGGCCGACCGGAGCCUCCCCUGCAAGGAGAUCGUGGCUCCGUCCCGACCCGACGGAACCAUGGAGCACCGCUGGGUCCGCGGAAAUGUGCCCCUGGCUAGUUACUGUGCUGUGUGCAAACAGCAGUGUGGUACCCAGCCCAAACUGUGCGACCUCAGGUGCGCCUGGUGUCAGACCACAGUCCAUGACGACUGCGUUGAUGGCUUAGCGGAUGGAGACGUGUGUGAUCUGGGUGAAUUCCACAGCCUCAUCAUCCCUCCGCACUACCUCUACCGCGUCAACAAGUUGCGGCGCCGGCAUCCUGAUGAGUUCAGCAAGCUGGGGGCCUCCUGUGGGAGCAGCUGGACUCCUGUAUUGGUUUUGGCCAACACACGAAGCGGCAACAACAUGGGGGAGGCUCUGCUGGGAGAGUUUCGAACCCUUCUCAACCCUGUGCAGGUGUUUGACCUAUCUGAGCUGACUCCUUCCAAAGCCCUCCAGCUGUGCACCUUACUCCCCCCCGGCAGGGUCCGGGUGUUAGUAUGUGGAGGUGAUGGCACUGUGGGCUGGGUCCUGGAUGCAAUUGAUGCAAUGAAGCUCAAGGACCAAGAUCAGUUCAUCCCCAGGGUGACCAUUCUGCCUCUGGGAACAGGAAAUGACCUUUCCAACACUUUAGGCUGGGGAGCUGGGUAUGCUGGAGAGAUCCCCGUGGAGCAGGUUCUCCGUAAUGUUCUGGACGCCGAAGUGAUCAAAAUGGACAGAUGGAAGGUGCAGGUAGCUUCAAAGGGCGUCUACUUUCGAAAACCAAAGGUUCUGUCCAUGAACAACUACUUCUCUGUAGGGCCUGAUGCUCUGAUGGCGCUCAACUUCCACGCUCAUCGCGAGAAAACGCCCUCCUUCUUCUCCAGCCGCAUCAUAAACAAGGCUGUGUAUUUCCUGUAUGGCACCAAAGAUUGUUUAGUGCAGGAGUGUAAGGAUCUGGAUAAGAGGAUUGAGCUGGAGUUGGAUGGGGAGAGAGUGGCACUGCCCAGCCUGGAGGGCAUAAUCGUUUGUAACAUCGGCUACUGGGGAGGAGGCUGCCGGCUUUGGGAUGGUAUGGGAGACGAACCCUGCCCCCCGACUCGGCUGGACGACGGGCUGCUGGAGGUUGUGGGUGUUUUUGGAUCCUUCCACUGUGCUCAGAUACAGGUCAAGUUGGCCAACCCUGUUCGACUGGGACAGGCACACACUGUCAGGCUGGUUCUGAAGAGCUCCACAAUGCCAAUGCAGGUAGACGGGGAGCCUUGGGCUCAGGGACCCUGUACCAUCACCAUCACCCAUAAGACCCAGGCGUUCAUGCUGUACCACAGCGCUGAGCAGACCGACGAUGAUGACGAGUCCAGCAGCUCUGAGGCGGACAGCCCGGCGCCUUGUGGCUCCUCCAGAACCCCCUAGUUGGCCACUGUGAUCCCAAGCUCCUCGUGUGUUUGUUACUGCCUUUCAGUCUGAUUUCACUGGUCCAUCAUUUGAUCGAGUUGGUUUCUACUUCGUAUGCACACUCAUGUUUGAGUGAUCGCAUUUGAUCGAUUUUGUGCAAUAGUUAUAUAGUUUUAAAUAUUUCACAUAACUAAAUGAAAAGUCUAGAUUCUUCAAACCCUUAUUUGUUGCAACCCAUAGCUCAGGCGUUUUUACUUUCUGGAGCAGUCAGGACGAGUGAGGAUAUGUUAAAGAAAGCUUUCUGUGUAUUUGCACUGAUCCCUUGUGCCAUAUUGUGCUAUUUAUUCUGCUUUAUUUAAAAUAGUUUUCCUUUCAGUAAACCAAAUCUGACAUGUUUCCCAAGUCCUCUAAAAGCCAAAUUUAAACCUUCAGCAGGCCAUGAAGCUGUGAUACAAAGAGUCCUGUUGCCAACAACUCUCAGUGGUUCCUUUAUGACGGUUUUAUGGUAAAAACUAAACAAAAAAGGUUCAGUAAUCA